AUGGCGACCUCCGGCUCCCUGCGCAGCGUCGCGCGAGGCUUCCGAGGCCACGCCCACUUCCGGCUCCUCCGCCUAAGCAUGGCAGUUUGGGCGACUCUGGUCUUGCGUGUCCGGAAGCUACACUGCAACGCGGCGGCUUGGGCGGGCAGCCGAUGGCGGCUCCAGCAAGGCAUGGCUGCCAGCCCCUCCGGCUACGGGCCCCUUACUGAACUCCCAGACUGGUCUUACGCGGAUGGUCAUCCUGCUCCUCCAAUGAAAGGCCAGCUUCGAAGAAAAGCCCAAAGGGAGGAUUUUGCAAGAAGAGUUGUAUUGCUGUCACAGGAAAUGGAAGCUGGAUUGCAGGCAUGGCAGCUCAGACAGCAGCAGAAGUUGCAGGAAAAAGAAAACAAGCAGAAAAAUGCUCUUAAACCCAAAGGGGCAUCGCUGUGA